AUGGUAGUAGGCAUCGGUGGCAGCAGAGUGGCAGCGGAGGGUGAGGUGGGCAUUGUGCCUCGUCAAUUCCACGGUGGUGGCAGUAGUGGCACCGCUCUAGAGAAGCACCUCGUCCCCGCCACCUCCAACACCGAUGGUACCGUCCUCACCGUCCGCAAGCCUCCCUCCAAGGAUAGCCACAGCAAGGUCAUCGACCAUGGCCGUCGCAUCCGCAUGCCCAUCAUCUGCGAUCUCAGCCACAAGUUUGACGGCCAGACCAUCGACUGGCUCCUCCGUCUGGCCGAGCCAUCCAUCAUCCCCGCCACCAGCACCAUCACCACCCCGGCCUCCUUAUCCACCUCCUCACCUUUCUCCCUCCACUCUAAUGACCUCCUCUUCCCCUGCUCCGCCCCCUUCAUCCUCGGCAAGCACCUCCAUGCCGCCCCCACCCAGGGCUUCUGGGCGCUUCCCGCACGGGCCGACUUCGGCCAGCUCUAUAGCUUCGUGGUUGUGUUGGAGAUGAUGGCCGCCGCAGCAGCCGCGCCCGCCAUGCCUGGGGAGGCGUCCGGAACUACCUCCGUCGCGACGCACGCCCGCCCCGCACCCCCAUCCACCAUCGCCUCAUCGUCCCCGUCGCUGCACCACGCCCCUUGUUCCCCACCGCCCUACCGCGCCUCUCCCUUCCCCCAUCUCCCGCUGGCCACUUCCCCUCUCCCCCAUUCCCUCCUCUCGUUGCGUGGCGCUCGAGGCUUGCAGAGCUUGGCCAGGCUCGCCGGCCGCCUCUCCCCUUUCUGCCGCUGGUGA